AUGAUGGGAAAUCUCAAGGAGUCUCUGGCUGGUCCAGGUUAUGUGAUUCUCAACGCCGUCCGCGCCCUCAAUAUCGUCGUCUUUCUCGACAUGAUCGCCGCCUGCAUUGUGAUGCUGGUCAAAAUCAACAUGCAGAACGGAUUCUUCUUUUUCCAAGCUGUCACUCAUGCCGUGGUUGCGCUUAUCAGCAUCUUUCUCAUCAUUUCCGAGCUGCCCAUCCUCCGAGGCUAUUUCAACCGCAACUGGCCCCUAUUCGGUGAAGAUUCAGGCUUCCUCGCACUUGCGGGAAUCAUGAUGAUCUUAGGGGUAGCCAUGCUAGGCAACCUGAACAUUGAGGUAAUGGACCAGAAGCAUCUGGGAUUGGCGUUCUGGCGUAUCGUUAUAUCAGCGGGUGUCCUGGCCAUGGUCAUGAGCGUUAUCAACAUUCUGUCGACAUUCAUCUUCACCGACCGCAGCCAGGGCGUCAGCGCUCGCCACGUCCGAGCAUAUGGUGCCGUGGCUCCGCAGAAGGUACUGAGUCGAUCCAUCAGCCGGACCAGCAGUAGCCGCCGGUCGUUCCAGCUCAGCAUGAAGCGUGAAGAAGGCCUCCCUAGCUAUUCGCCACAGCCCGCCUUCAAGCGCAUGACCAACCGGUUGUCGCGUUUCCCUCUGAAGAUCUCGAGUCCGCUCAGGAACAACAACAACAACAACAACAACAACAACACCGACAACAACCACCUUAUGCCGGGUCACCAGGCAAACGACGACGCUUCAUCAAGAUACUCUCGAGAUACUGCUGGGGUGACUAUUCCAGAUCUGACGCACCACCCGGCAAUACAUGGCUGGACUCGAAAUCUCCUGGGGAACGUAUGUGAAUCUCCGCACUCCGCACCGCACUGUCUAACCGCCAGCAGCGUCAAGUCGCUCCUCAUCUUCUUCGGUCCCAUCCUUCUCCCUCGCCUGAUCAAUGCCUACCGUGGCCUCCGUGUAUCUAUUGCGAGUCGCCCACCCGCGUGCGCCCUCUCUGCCGCCGCUAGUCGAUCGCUAAAUGUCUUGUUCGCAAGCAUCGCUUUCUUCCUCGUCCUCAGCCUACCUUUCAAUCCCCAUGCCCCCGAACCCAAUAUUUUCAACUUGACUCGAUCGCGCAUCAAUACACCAACCGAUGUGAUCUUCCACCGACUCACGAGGCUCCGGCCCGAUGGGAUCUUGACCGACGCCGACAACUUGCUCCGCGAGAAGCUUACCUCCGUUGGCGCACGCAAAGUGUACCUUACAUUUGGAUCCGAUGCCUUGAUCUCGUGCCAAUUCUGCUCCUUCGACAACCUCAACUCAUACCUGAUCUAUUAUUUGCCUUUCGACGUGCUUCUGCCGCAUAUAGUGCACCUACUGAUCCUAGGCGUGGCUACAUCCGCGCCUAUUGCGGGCCGGGAGGCUGCUCGCUGGCGAACCAAGUUCACCAUUGCCGGCCUGGCGCUGGCUGCUCUUGAUCUUUGGAUCGUGGCUACGUAUGAUGCGCUUCAGUCGGCAUCCCCCGCCGUGCGAGCUGGCCAGCGACCCCCCUCUGGCCUCUACUAUCUCAUUACCUUGUUGCGGCCGCUGGCAUUCGUGCUCUGCGAUGUAUCGUGCUCGCUAAUUGUUUACCUGUCGGCUACAAACCGAUUCUUCUUCAAGCCACCGUCCCCAGUGGACCAGCUCGACAAUGCGGUCUCCGCCGCCCUAACGCAGAUCACGAGCGCCAACACCAAGCUUCACGCCUCGAGUGUGGCUCGUAAUGCUGUCGUCCGAGACAGAUCCCUGAAGGCUCGCGACGAUGCAUACUGGCAGACUGUGGCUGCGGCGGAGAACCCUAACCGAAGCGCACUCGCCGAACCCGGAAAGGAAAAUUUAACAGUGAUCAAUAAUAUCUGGGACCAAGAAGAAGUGGCUCGAGCUGUGUCGCGGGCGAUGGCAGGCCAGGGUGGUGUUGAUUUGGCGCAGUUGGGAAUGAACGCCAAUGAAUUUGUGCGCGGGGUGACGGAAGGUUUGGAGUGA